AUGUCUUUCUGCUCCUUCCUGGGGGGAGAGGUGUUCAAGGACCACUUCCAGCCGGGUAUUUACGUGUGUGCCAAGUGUGGCCAUGAGCUGUUCUCCAGCCGGGCCAAGUACGAGCACUCGUCCCCGUGGCCAGCGUUCACCGAGACCCUGCGCGGGGACAGCGUGGCCAAACGCGAGGAGCGCCCGGGGGCUUUAAAGGUGACGUGUGGCAAGUGUGGCAACGGGCUGGGCCACGAGUUCCUCAACGAUGGACCCAAGAGGGGCCAGUCCCGCUUCUGAAUAUUCAGCAGCUCGCUGAAAUUCGUCCCGAAAGGUAAAGCUGACAACGACCUGAAGGAGAAGUAA